GGCGCUGACAUGGCGGGCUACAGUGUUGAACGACCGCUAGGUGGUUGCAUCGAGCGAAUAAGCGCUAAACGGGCCUUUCAAUGACGACAAAGAAGAAGGAAGGGGAGCAAAAAAACCCCGAAUUAGCCGCCACACGUUGCUAAGCCGGAGCUGACCUGAGCGUAAAAAUCCACCUUUCGGGGCCUGCCUUUACUACUUGUGUGUGGCUCGUUAUUCCUUUGGCUUCCCCUUGUCGUUGACGGACGAAACCGUCCAGUUGACUGCAAACUCGUCACUUGGAAGGGAGCGACUCCCUCCCGCUUGCUUCGUAGCCUGCUAGCUGCAAACAAAGAGCGGUGGACGGACGUUAGCAGCCCGCGAAGCGCGCGCCAGGCCAGCCGCGAGUGCCCAAGUCGUCUUCACUGCUCGUCUCCUUCUUCUCGUCACCGCGUGAGAAUGUGUAAAGUGAAAAUGCUGCGAGCUCUGGUCAACCAGCGGCUCAAUGCGGCCGUGGAAGAAAUAUUUGCCGUGUUGGAGAGAACCAUAAGCGAAUACGAGGUGGAACUUUCUCGCAGCAAAGAGGAGAACCUGCGGCAACGACAACUUUUGGACGCGCUCAUGGACUCGAGCACAGCAGACGUGGGUCAGGAGGACGUCGCCCCCGAGCAGGAGCAGCGGCGGGACUCGAGCUCCAAGGGGGAAGAGGAGCCCGGCCGCGGCAAAGAGCGACCGGCGCGGCGGGAGGAGACGCCCAGCAGCAAGCCGGCAAAGAAGAGCCAAACGCCAGAGCGGGCUCAGCGGCCGGCCCGCUCGCCGGCCGGCCCCCCGGCGCCCAGGGGCUAUCCGGCCGACCACGCGCGAUUCGACGCCAAGCACUUCAAAUGUUCCCUGUGCGACUCGGCCUUCUUCAAGAUGUCCGACUUGCAGCGGCACAUGAUGAUCCACUCGGGGGAGAAACCGUUCAGCUGCACCGUUUGCCCCAAGCGGUUUAUCCGCAAGGCGCAUCUGGUCUACCACAUGAGGACGCACACGGGCGAGAAGCCCUUCACUUGCUCCUUCUGCGGCAAGCGCUUCUCCCUCAAAGGCAACCUGAUGCGGCAUACCAGGAAGCACACGGGCGAGAAGCCCUUCAAGUGCAGCCAGUGCGACGCCGGCUUCACCGUGCGCCCCGCCUUGAUCCAGCACAUGCGCACGCACACCGGCGAGAAACCUUUCAAGUGCUCCUUCUGCGGCGAAGGCUUUGCUCAGCGGGGACACCUCAUCGGACACACCCGGAUCCACACGGGAGAAAAGCCCUUCUCCUGCAACGUGUGCGGCAAGAAAUUCUCCAUCAAGGGGACGCUCAACGUGCACGUGCGCACGCACACCGGCGAAAAGCCCUUUGGCUGCCGCUCGUGCCACGGCAAAUUCUCGCACAAGCAGCAACUCGACAAACACGCCUGCGCCGGCGGCGAGGGCAGCAGCGCUCGGAUGGAUUUGGACGGGUUUCGCGUGGAGCAAAAUGUGCCAAAGCGACCGCCUCAUUGGCGCGCUCGUGGAACCGAAACUAAGAGGGCGCUGGCGGUUGGGCGCUUGAAAUUCUCCAUGGACGAUGAGAGAAGGUUAGCGGACGCCACGCAGGAACCUUUUGGAACCAAAAGAGCAGCGACGCUAGCUCGGAUGGAGUCUCGCGCGCGAGGCGGCGGCCAGCAGCUGCAGGCAGCGCAGCCCCCCCACGUCAAAGAGGAUCAGGGGCAAGAGCCCCUCCGCGUCAAACAGGAACAGGAGGAAGUAGACGUCAGCCGGGAAGGCGGCGAGCGUCGCCCCGCCAGCGGUUCUGACGACGAAGAACAGCGGGCCCACUUCAGCCAUUUCCCGGCGAUGCGAGUGGUCGUGAAAGGCGAAGAUGAGCGAGGCCAAGGCGCGCCGGAGCAGAAGAGCAGAGCGUGGCGAGGGCGGAGCCGUGACGGAGGCUCUCCGGGCCACGCGGCCUUCGGCUGUUCUCGGGGGGGCGGUAGCCACGUGUCCGGUUUGAGUGCGCGUGCGAAGGAAGAGAUCUUCAUCUGCCCAUUUUGCGGCAAGAGCUUCGGUCAGCGGGAGCACUUGACGGGCCACGCGAUGAUCCACACCGGCGAGAAACCCUUCGUCUGCGCCGUGUGCGGCGGCCGCUUCUCGCUCAAAGGCACGCUGAUGAUCCAUACGAGGACGCACAGCGGCGAACGACCCUUCCCUUGCUCGCUUUGCGGUGAACGCUUCUCGCAGAAGGUCAACCUGACCACGCACAUGCGGACGCACACGGGAGAGAAACCCUUCUCCUGCUCGGUGUGCGACGAGAAGUUCUCCCAGAAAGGAAACCUGACGAAGCACAUGAGGACGCACACUGGGGAGAAACCCUUCCCCUGCUCAGUGUGCGGCGAGAGGUUCUCGCAGAAGGGAAAUCUGGCCAUCCACAUGAGGACGCACACGGGGGAGAAACCUUUUCCCUGCUCCGUAUGCGGAAAAAGGUUUGCUCUGAAGGGCAGUUUGCGCAAACACACCAGGACGCACACCGGCGAGAAACCUUUCGCUUGCUCCGUGUGCGGCGAGAGCUUUGCGCAGAAAGGGAAUUUGAACAUUCACGCCAGGAAGCACACGGGAGAAAAAGCCUUCUGCUGCAACCUGUGUCAGGCCACAUUUGCCAGCCCGAGUCACCUGAGCAAGCAUCGGUGCGCGUGCGACACUUGAAGACAUGGAGGAACUUUGACUUCGGCUGCCCCUGAGGGUGGACUACUUUGGACCAAAUGCCGCUUCUCAACUCCCUUCAAAUGGUCUCCUUGGCAUCAAGAUGUCAUCGUCAGUAAAUAAUAGCGGGUUGAUGGCAAAUUGCAACUCAUGGUGACAUCAUUGUUUAUUGCGGGGAAGGCACACACCUACUGUAAAUACUCGUACAGUUCUUGAAAUAAAGUUCUCCAUCGGUU